AAGCAAAAAAAAAACCAAGAAGACGGGUAUCAAUCUGCGUUCUGUUCGGCGAGCUGUACAUCACAGCAGUUGGGGACACCAGUGGGCGGGCUUGACGCUAUAGGAUUAGAAGGUGUUUACAGGAUCUUAUAAAACCCGAGCCAAAGCUCCCCGUGAAAGAAAUGUAACUGGCCUGACCAAGCUGCAGUUCUGAAAUGCAAUUGAAGAGCCCCGGGGGACACAGUGGCGUGCGUAUAAAAGUGUGGGAUUUGCAGUGGGAAGACCAAAGUGGGGAGCAAGAUCCGACGGAGGGCUACUUGAAUUCCGCUGCGGAGCCUGCAUGAGACUUCUUCCAUUCAGACAGCUGGUCAACCACAACGAUAAGCGCUUAACUGUGACAGCUCGCUCUUGUUGGGUGAGUUCACGAAAAGAGGUGGCCAAUACAGCUGGGGUGUUACAUUCUGCAUGAGAGAUUGGAAGACAUCGGGGUCCACAACGUUGCAACAGGACCUACAAGCAUGGGGGUGGUCGGGGCGCUGCUGCUGUCCUGCGCAUGCCUCUUGGCCACCGUACUAGGAUCUCGGAUGAGUGGUCUCAAGGCUUCUCAGAACCAGGCCAUGUUAGUGCAGAGCAAGAACUAUCCGAACAUGCUGGGGAACCAUGGCUACAGCGAGUGGACCUCGUGGUUUAACAUUGACCACCCGGGUGGGAGCGGCGAUCACGAGCGGCUGGAGGCAAUCCGGUUCUACUACCGUGCGCGCGUCUGCUCAUCUCCACUGGCUAUCGAGGCGCGCACCACUGCGUGGGUGCCAGCUGCCAGCACGGGCGAGAGGGUGCACAUGAGUCCCCAUGAGGGCUUCUGGUGUCUCAACCACGAGCAGCCCGGCCAAGCGAAUUGCUCCAAUUACCACGUGCGCUUCCGCUGCCCAAUCGUGGACAAGAAGUGGUCCGACUGGGGCUCCUGGAGCUCGUGCAGUACGACCUGCGGUCGGGCCGGCUACCAGACGCGCAACCGGCUCUGCAUCUCUACGGGAGCCAUCGUUCCACAGAGGACGCAGUGCGAGGGCAAGGGGGUGCAGGGUCGCCUGUGCUCCAAGCCGUGCCCAGCCGUUCACGGAAAUUGGACAACCUGGACCAAGUGGUCGGUGUGCGGCGUGACGUGCGGGAAUGGACAACAGCUGCGUCAACGAUGGUGCUCCAACCCCACACCCAAGUACGGGGGGCUGGACUGCACGGGGGCCGUCCUGCAAAGCCGCUUGUGUGCCAAACCUACCUGUCCAGAAACGGUCACAAGGAGAAUGGUGUCUGCUUACAAGCCACCAGCACCCCUGCCAACUCCAGCGAAUAAGCCGGCGUGCAGUCUGUCCUGCACCGUGGGGCACGUGAACGCGGCGUGCGACGCGUGCGUGUGCGACGGUCACCUCCUGGACGGCGCCGUGUUUGGCGCAGCCCGCACCCCGCUCGCCGGUGCUCGGGUCACGCUGCUGGAGGGGCCCUCUCAGAGGUGGCUCGCCGUGUCGGAUGCCCACGGAUCUUUCCGCGUGCCGGAUUUGUGCCCGAGCCGAGGGGCACGCCUCGCAAUCGAGCACGAAAAGCACGUGCCGACGACGGCGCCGAUCCUCUGGGCCAAGGGGCCGUUGACCGUCUUCAGCGUGCAGCUGAAACGCGCGGAAAAACCACACGUCACCAAACACCCAGAGGGCAGAAUGCGCUACGAAGGACAAGGAGUGAGUUUGUGCUGUAAAGCGGAGGGAACGCCAACUCCAGAAAAAUACUCGUGGUAUCACAAUGACACUCUGCUAGACCAGGAGGUGUAUAAACAUGGCAACCUCGUGCUGAAAAAUCUAAAGCCGUCGCAAGCAGGAGAAUACUACUGCAAGGCAACAAACAUUGCUGGCUCCAUGAAAUCUUCACCAGCUACCCUAUAUGUCGUGGAAAAAGGUAAUGCCCCAUGUGACCCAAAGCCUGAGACAAACUUGAUAAGGCUUCCACACGACUGCUUCCAGAACCACACGAACUCGUUUUUCAUCGACGUGGGGAAUUGUCCCAAGAAGGUGUGCGUCAAGGAACUCGACUUCGACCUGCGCUGCAAGGACAGUGUCAGCCACUGCUGCGGCAUCACCAGGAUGGAGAAGCGGGACAUCCAGUGCAAUGGCUACACGCUGCCCACCAUGGUGGCGGCCGAGUGCGGCUGUAAGAAGUGCACGCAGACCAAGAUGAUUGUGCGCGGGAGGGCCGUGGCUGACGACAACGGGGAGCCGAUGAGGUUCGGCCAGAUGUUCAUCGGCAACAUUGCCAUCGGGUUCACCGGCUACAAAGGCGACUUCAACCUGCAGGUGCCUCCGGGCACGGAGAGGCUCGUGGUGACCUUUGUGGACAGGUUUGGGAAGUUUGUGAACAGCACCAAGGUCCUGCUCUUCAACCACAAGGGAGGAACGGUCUUCCACAACAUCAAGUUGCAGAGAAAGAAGCCCGCCAUUCCCAUCGCUUCCACUGUCACCAACACGAUUAGCCUGGGUGAGAUGGAGGGGGAGGAUCCAAUUGGGCAAAUAGAAAUUCCGCCCAACUCAUUCUACAAGUUGAAUGGGGAGCUGUACAACGGCACUGUGCAGGCCAGCGUCACUUUCCUGGAUCCGCGAAACAUCACGACAAUGUCGUCUGCCUCUAGUGACUUGAACUUUGUAAGUGACAAUGGCGAUAUGUUUCCCUUGCGUACGUAUGGCAUGUUUUCUGUUGACUUUAUGGCGGAAAAUUUGCAGGAGCCUCUGAACGUCGGACAGGUUAAGGUUUUCCUCGACUCGGCACAGGUUAAAAUGCCACAGCAUCUGAAAUCAAUGAAACUGUGGUCUUUAAAUCCAGAGACCGGAAUGUGGGAUGAAGAAAGCAACUUCCUGUAUGAAAAAUCCAAAAGGCGAAAGAGGGAAGAGCGUACAUUUCUCAUAGGAAACGUGGAAAUUAGAGAACGCCGGUUGUUUAACCUCGAUGUACCGGAAAAUCGCAGGUGUUAUGUUAAGGUGCGUGCUUACAGAAGUGACAGAUUCUUUCAGAGUGAGCAGCUUGAGGGUGUAGUGGUCAGCCUGAUUAAUAUGGAGCCGCAGGAAGGGUUUUCCGCAAACCCACGCGCGUGGGGAAGAUUUGACAGUGUCAUCACAGGUAAAAACGGUGCUUGUUUGCCAGCCUUUUGUGAUGAGCUGGUCCCAGAUGCUUACACUGCCUACGUGACAGCCAACAUUGGGGGAGAAGAACUGGAGGCAGCUCCGUCCAGCCCCAAACUUAAUCCCAAUGUUAUUGGCACGGCUCAGCCAUACCUAGGAAAGCUUGAGUACCGACGUACUGACCACGAUGACGAAAGGUUCAAGAAGACUGCUUUCAAGAUUAAUUUAGCAAAACCAAAUGCGAACUCCCCAGCAGAAACUGAUGGGCCAAUCUAUCCUUUUAAAAACAUCAAACAGUGUGAAGAUGCCCCUUACAAUGCUAAUCAUUUCAGAUUUUAUAGGGUGGAAGAUGACAAGUAUGAGUUUAAUACCGUUGCAUUCAACGAAAACGACUUGACAACCUGGAACGAAGAUUACCUGUCCUGGUGGCCAAAACCAAUGGAAUUUCGUGCCUGCUUCAUCAAACUGAAAAUCAAGAGCUCCGCGUCCGUGAUGAUACGUUCCCGAAACCUUGGGGGCACUCACGUGGAGACAAUCGACAAACUCUACGGCAUUCGCGACAUCCGCAGCGUCCACACCAACCUCAAGGAGAACGUAUCUUCGGCAUGCAUGGAGUUCAAGUGCAGCGGCAUGCUCUUUGAUGAGAAUCUCAUUGAUCGCACGCUGGUGGAUAUUUCGACGCAAGGCGACUGCCGCCGGGAGAACAUAAACGGCAUGCUCCAGGAGUAUCUGAUCAACCACCCACCGCACAUAGUCAACAACGAGACGCACGGCUUCAAAAUGUACGCGCCUCUGGAUCCGUUGGGACACAACUACGGCAUUUACACGGUCUCGGAUCAGGACCCCAAAACCGCCAAAGAAAUCGCCCUCGGCCGAUGCUACGAGGGCUCGUCGGACAGCACGUCCCGCGUCAUGAAGCCCGACGUGGGAGUGGCGGUGACCUUCGCGUGCCGCGAGAGCAACGUGACGCGACAGAGCCUCUUCCAGCGCCUGCAGACGUCGCCGGCCGAAACCCUCGCCGAGAUGGGGCGCGAGAUGCGCGGCGGCCUCCCCGGGAGAACCCGGUUGGUGUCCAGCCGAGGUCAGGUCCGCGGUGGCCGGAGGCAGCAGCCGCAGCAGGCCCGGGCCCGGCUCGUGAGCACGCGGAGAUUCCUGCAGAGGAAUCGGUCCGCUCAGUGAUCGCAAUGGCAUGGUGAACUCUACGACUGAAAGAUUGACAUGUGGAAAGGGAAAAAUAAAGCACCAACCCCCCCCCCCCCCCCCCCACGUCUUUUUAAACUAAGCCGUCUUGCAUUGCACGGGUGGGAAAUGUAUGGAUGGUUUACAGAGAUUGGAAGUUAUUGACAUACGAAGGAAAGAUUUUUGGGUUGUUGACGGUCUUACAAAUGCAUUGAAUGUAAAGGCAUUUUUUUUGGAGAGCCGCAUGUGCCUUUGAUUAGCAUGAAACUAUUAGUGACUAUAUGAAUGAGCAUUUUUUUAAAAGUGGCUAAAACAUUACAAUGUGUGAGAAACAUAACAUUUUUAUUCGAAACUAAUUGAUUUUGCCAGUGUACAAAUAACAAUGUGCACAUAUCGACAAAAGCACUAUAUGAUUACACUACUUUCUUUACAUGGUCAUGUUUAAAUAAUUAAAUAAAUACAACAUUUCACAUUUCUGCUAACGUAUGCUUAAAUAACAUGAAGAAACUGCAAUUUGUUUGGCAGCUUAUAUUUAAAAUUUGCCCGCUAAUGCAAUAUCAUUCAAAACAUUUCAAUGUACAAUACUUAAACUGAGAAAGCAACUAAAUGUGUAAGUAUACAUGAAUUGAUGUGCACAUAACAAUCACCAUGGUAAAGAGUGCGCAGACCAUUGGAGUUAUCAUUCACUCCAAACUGUCUUUCUCUUGCCACGUUUCUCAACCUUAUUGCUCCAUCUGCGCAACAUCUUCGGCAUCUGCCAUUUCGACAUCUGCCAAUUUCUCAUACCAGCUAAUGCCCGGCUGCUGCUGAGAACCCUCAUCCAUGCCAUCAAAUCCAAACUCGACUAUUGCAACUCUCUCCUCUUUGGCCUCCACAUAUCCCCAUCACUAAACCCUAGACGAUUCGAAAUGCCACUGCCAGACUUCUCAACCGCACCCAUGAACAAGACCACGGUAAUACAAGCUGCCGUGGGCCCCAUUUGCCACCUUCAAUAUCGUCCAUGGAUUCACCCUUGACUCCCUCUGCUUUCUCAUUGCGCUCUACCCUCCACCAUGCACUUUCUAUCUCUAAGCUUUCUCUGCUAAAUGCCUUCAGUCAAACUUCGCUCAUUGUAAAGUUGCUCAAUCUCCUCUGCUGGCUUCUUCGUCUGGGGCUCCCUAUCCUAAACUAUCAACUGCCUGCUUCUGUUCAAUUCCAGCCUCAAGACCUUUAUUUAUUUUCCUCUAUGACCAACUGCACUCUCUUCAUAAAAUAAACACGCUCACUGCUUUUGUACAGUGUCUUAAUAUGCGGUUGCAUUUAGACACUAUAAAAAUCCAAAGUGUAUUGCGGUAUUAUUUUAGUUUGAUAUUGAAUGAUACUGAACUUUUUCAAUAAUGAUAAAUAUAAAAAAAAUGUCAGGUAAUUAGCACUAAUAUGAACUGUUCAGAAAUAUAUGACUAUAUAUUAUUGGUACAUUAACAUUUUAAAUGUAUUUACAGGAACAUCGUAUGAAGAAAAAAAUCAAGAUAAAUGUUUAGCUUUGGUACAUAACGUUUAUAGACUUCAAUGAAAAGUUCAAUUUUACAACACAGACUGUACUUUGAAAUUGCAUGUCUGAAUUCAGUUUACUGACAUGAACUAAAUGGGUGCUUGUUUUCAAAAUUAACUUAUUUCCACUUAGUAUUGUUUUUUAGAUACUAGAGAUUAAUGAUGCACCUAAAAUGAUGUGCAUUAAUUAAUUUAACCUGAAUCGGCUGAUGGAGUGUGUAUUAUCAUUUGAACAAUGUUACGUUUUUAAAAAGUGGAGAAACUUCUACAUACUUGGAGUCUGAAGGUUAAUAAAAAAAAUAUUUACUGA